AUGGGUGGUUGCUUUAGCAAUAGGAGGAUUAAGGGUGUGAGCCCUUCUUCCAUUACAGGGUUCACUUCUAGUUCUAGAAGUGUACGUGUAAACGUAAGCAGGAGGAGUGGCCAUGACAUCAGCUCCUCAAAUAAUAGCAGCAGUAAUUCAUCAUCAGCCUCCAUAUCUGUCACUACUACUUCUAGAAGUGACGAUGAGAUCUUGCAGCAAUCUUCCAAUUUGAAAAGCUUCAGCUACAGUGAACUAAGAGCAGCCACAAGAAAUUUCCGCCGAGAUAGUGUCUUAGGGCAGGGUGGAUUUGGUUCUGUUUUUAAGGGCUGGAUUGAUGAGCAUUCACUUGCUCCUACCAAACCAGGAAUCGGCAUGAUUGUUGCUGUAAAGAGGCUUAACCAAGAGGGCUUCCAGGGUCACAAAGAAUGGUUGGCUGAAAUCAACUAUCUUGGGCAUCUGCAGCAUCCUAAUCUUGUCAAGUUAAUAGGAUACUGCUUCGAGGAUCAGCAUCGGCUUCUGGUUUAUGAAUUUAUGCCUAAGGGCAGCAUGGACAAUCAUCUCUUCAGAAGAGGUUCUUAUUAUCAGUCAUUCUCUUGGAGUUUACGAUUGGAAAUAGCCCUUGAGGCUGCAAGGUGUCUCGCUUUUCUCCAUAGUACAGAACCUAAAGUCAUAUACCGUGACUUUAAAACUUCAAAUAUCCUACUUGAUGCUAACUAUAAGCCCAAACUCUCUGAUUUUGGGUUGGCCAGAGAUGGGCCAACUGGUGAUAAAACCCAUGUCUCUACUAGGGUCAUCGGAACCCGUGGAUAUGUGGCACCGGAGUAUCUUGCAACAGGUCAUCUCACUGCAAAGAGUGAUGUAUAUAGUUUCGGAGUAGUUCUUCUCGAAAUAAUAUCAGGAAGACGAGCUAUAGACAAUAACAAACCACCUGGAGAACAUAACCUAGUUGAAUGGGCCAAACCUUACCUAUCCAACAAACGCCGAGUUUUUCGAGUAAUGGAUCCGCGUCUUGAGGGACAAUAUUCCCAUACUCGAGCUCAAGCAGCAGCCACACUUGCUUUGCAAUGUCUUGCUGCAGUACCUAAAAGCAGGCCAAAUAUGGAUGAAGUGGUAAGAGCAUUAGAGCUGCUUCAGGAACCAAAGGACAUGCAGAAAAAAAAUUGUCUUCAGAAAGAGCAUCGCGAACGCAGUUCUGCACUCGGCCAUCCCAACGGCCGCCCUACUGCUGACAAAGGUAGUGCAGAUGCUCCCAGAAAGGCUUCUGCUUAUCCUAGGCCUGAGUUUUGUGAUGUGGCCAGUUGUUGUAGGAAGAACGUAAAAAGUUCAGAGAUAUAG